AUGGAUUUUGCAACAUUCUCGGGUAGCUGCACGAGCUUCGAUAAAACCAAGCCUGGAUUCGAAGGCCUAAAGUAUGGAUGGAAAGGUGUCGUGGAAAAGAAUGUCAAGGCAGAUGAACUUCUCAGCUUUGCAAAAAAUGCACAUUUGGAAAGUAACAUUCAUUUACAAAAGGACACCAGCUUGAUCCAUAGCGCUGAAACAAGCCAUGAUGCAGUCGAUGGUGCCAGUGUUGCUCCAAUGGCAAUGACAAUGGUAUCGUUGACAGAGCAGCACUUGAGUGUUGAAGAGCUAUACCUGAUCACUUCUCCCGAUUCCAAAUCAGUGCACGAGUUGACAUUCAGCUUGCUUCAAGAAGGAAUGAAGUAUGAAAUGAACAGUGACAACCGUGAGAACAUUCUUGGGGUUGUGAAACCAAAUCUGAGUGGUGAUAUGGCAACUGUUGCAGACACGUACAAAGCCUUCUUUGCUGACCGCUUUGCAAAUGCUUACCUAAUGAAAGGUUUGUCUGACAGUGCACAUUUCAAGGAUAAGAUUACUGAAGAGCAACGAAACCAACUUCUUUACUAUUGGGUUGGCAACGACAAAGGAUGCCUGUCGCAAGACGCUGACUACAACAGAGUGAACAAUGAUGUCUCGCGUGUUGCAUACGAACAAUCUUGCCCCGAUAUUGUCAAAUAUCAGAAGUCAUCGAAUGGUGGAUCAUACUGGGCCAAAAAGCUUUACGAGAAGUUGCUCCAACCAGAGAUAUUAAAUGGACUUGCAUUGACAGCUGAAAUUUCUGAAACGAUGAAAAGUAUACAAAAACAGUCCAUGGUAUUGUUUUGCCUCUCACCAGAUGAAGACUAUGGUGCCAAGUUCUACAGGAAGAUUAUGAUGACUAGAUUGAAUGAAAUGAGCAGCUAUUUCGUUGGUAAUAAAGAUAACGAAGAAAUUAUGACAGAAAUAAUGACCGACAGUAUCCACCAAUUGAUAGUAAGCAUUUUAAGUGGAGGGGACGCCACAACAAAGGAAGUCACGAAAGAGCUCAACAAACAACUAGUUGAUGCAGCGAAGGAGCUAAAUGUCGAGAUAACUGAUAAUGCAACAGAAACAGCUUCGGCAGUUGUGAGUCACAUGGAGCAAUUCAUCAGUGAGGUAAUGUCUAUGUUUUGCAGCACUAGGGGUACAGCAUGGGACAAGUUAACCGAGAGUACUAAAGCGUGGAUGGAAAGAAACCCCAUUAAAGCAGGGGUGGGAAAAUUCUUCUCCGUCCUCAUAAGCCAAGGUCUGUGGGUUACGAGCAUUGUUUUUACAAUCCAAACUUUUAUGAACUGGAAAAAUUUGAAGCCCGAGCAGAAGGCAAGUCUUAUUGCAGAUGCAGUUAAUGUCACAACAGAAGGGAUUGCCCAGAUUCCACAGUUAAUUGAUGAUUUUAAAACUGCCUGUGCCAACGGGAAGACUGGCUUCAAAAUGAUUAAGAAUUUGGUGAAAGCAAAGGAAAAUCCUUCAGAAAUUGAAAUGCCGUUGCUUAAAAGCGUCGAAGCAGAAGUGGGAGUCGACGAAGUGGCUGUAAAUGAGGCUUUGUAUGGAUCAGUUGCAGACAGCGUUGAGGAAAUCCCAGUGAUGGUGAGCAGAUGGCAGCAAUUCUUCGAUGUGGCAGAAAUGUUUGCAAAGGGCACUGGUCUAAUUGCAUCAGCUGCUGGUUGUGUUGUCAUUGGGUUUCAGAUUUAUCGAGAUUUCAAGACAAACGCACCUGUUGCGCAAAAGGCCCUAGACAUAUGCCAGGGCGUAACCAUGGGCGUGGCAACUAUAGCAGCUGCUGUUGGUCUGGCCUUCGAGCUUGCCUGUGUACCUAUAAUUGGCAUCGUGUGCGCAAUUGUUGGUAUUGCGUUGGCUAUUGCAUCCUUGUUUGUUAAGCGAGAUAAACCUAAACCCGAGCCAACCAAAGUAGACUUGUAUGUGAGUGGUGCAGGAUCUUCAUUUGUCAACAAAUUGCCAAAGCCAUCCAAGACGUGGCUUGAUGAUUAUCACAAGAAGAAUCCAAGCAGCUGAAGAACGCAAAAGACAAUGCACAGAACUUUACUUUCUAGAACUCUUUAACUUCAAUUGAUAUUUUCAUGGCAUUUUUGUGAUUGGCUUGAUGAUGAUAGACUAGCCUGCGUCACAGACUGUUACUGAGAAGGAGUAAAGCAAGCUUCUCUUAUGUAAUAAGUCAUUGUUUGUGACGUAGGCUUAAGUAAGUGGUAAAAUCUUCACUUUCUUUAUAUGUUAUACAUACACAGUUUUAUUGAAGAAAAACUCUCAAAGCG